AUGAAUUCAGCAGAAGGUGGUGGUGUAGAUUAGACUCUAAUACAAGAAAUAAAAAAACUCGAAGAAGCAGCCAGAUAAUUUUAACUGGAGAGUAAAUAUGUUGAGGCUAUUGGAAUACUAGAGGAGUUGCUUAAGAUUAAGAAAAUGAACUUUGGGACAAAUAGCAAACAGUUCACUAGAACAUGCAAACAACUUUGUGAAAUAUGCAAUAUAUUGGCAGUAUAUUACUUGAAAAAAGAAGAUGUUAACAGUGCGUUAGAUUUGCUUAAAAAAUCAGAGGAGUUAUGUGAAAAUAAUGAGUUAGGCCAGGCAAUGACAUUCAACAAUAUGGCUUGCUACUAUAGAAGAAUUGGAAAGAUGAGAACUGCUUUGAACUUUUUGCAAAAAGCACUUUCAAUUGAAUCAAGAUUGCAAAGACCAGAAAUCCAAGCUGAUACUCAUUUGAACAUUUGUGCAGUCCUCUCUCAACUCAACAAGCAUGAACUAGCACUCAAUCAUGCAAUGUCUGCUGUGAUUCUGCUACAAGAAAUUAUGCUGAGAAAGAGAUUAGACCCAGCUUCUAAUUCAGAUGAGGAAGAAGAAUACUAGACUACUGCUCUUGGUGAUGCUAAUUAAAAAGACAGAACUGCUGUACUUGCCAUUGCUUAUCAUAACAUGGGUGUUGAGCAGGAAUUUCUGAGAUCAUACCCAGCUGCUAUAUUGAGCUACAAGAAGGCAGUGAACUUUGCUGAGAAGCAUCUUGGAUUUGAAGAUGGUAUCACAUAGAAUCUGAGAAAUGUUUAUGAAAAUGCUAAAAAUGAGCUGGAUGUUGCAGUGUUUAAGAAAUCAAAAAAAGCUGGAGCUACUGCUGGAGGUAAAGGUGUCCAAGCGAGUAAAUACUAUCAAGGUACUAAGCCUAAGAAAGGAGCAUCUUCUAAGCAACCAGCUGAAAUGUAUGAUAAUAUGAUGACACCUAGAAAUGAAAUGGAGAGGGUAGAUGAGGCUGAAGAGGAAAUGCAUGGAUUGGAUGAUAAAUUAGAGGAAUAAAAGGAAUAAACCCUCGAUUGA